AUGAAAAAGCUGGAGGAAGAGGUCCGAGCCAAUGGCUACCUGGUGCGAGACAAGCUGCCCAAGGAAAUCACUGUUUGUCAGAACGCCAUUAAGGACCUGCAGAAGGUGUCCGCUGAACCAGCGAUGGGACAAAACGAAAUCAACAGACUAAAGGCAAAGGCGGCAGUAAUCGCACGCAAGAAGGAAGCGGCCGCCGAGACGCUCAACGAGCUGCGCCUACAGGUCUCCCAGCUCGAGGCUCAGCUGCAAGAGAAACAGUCUCUGGUCGCCGGCGGCGAGCAGGUUCUCAAAGGAGACGAGUUUAAGAAGUAUGUGAACGCUCUGCGCGGCAAGAGCAGCCAGUACAAGCAACAACGCCAGGAGCUGGCCGAGCUGAGGGCCGAGACCGGUGUGCUGGCCAGGACACAGGAGAUACUCACGCACAAGGAGCGCGACCUCAGGCAGAGUUUGGAGGCGCUCGAAGAAAAGCACGGCGUUCGCGGCUACCACCGGUUACAGGGAACCCUGGAAAGCUUGUCCGGCAACGAGGCCGCGCUCGACGAGACAAAGAUGGCGACGCUGGAAGACAUGUCCACCAUGGUGACCAGCCUCAACAAGCGAAUUGCCGAAAGGAAGGGGCGCCUGGCGCCGGCCAUAAAGGACCUCAGGCCACUUAGAAAAACCUACCAGGACGUGACAAUGGAGUACGAGAAAAAGAAAGCAGCCUACGACACAUGCGCAGCAGGCUUGGAAAGCACGCUGACAAGUUUAGAGCAGGAAGUGUCCAGCCUCCGAAGUGAACUGAACAGCGAGGAGUCCAAGCUGAACUUCCUCCAGCACAGCCUUCGGAUACACGAAGUGCAGCUAAACUUCCUCAAGGCUAAUGGUGUGCUUGGAAACCCCGCAGCAGCCGACGCCGGCUCUGACGGCCAGACUUCACUCAGAGCCAAGCUGGGCCACGAGAUCGCCGAGCAGGAGAAGCGGGGCAAGGCCCUGCGGGAGCGCCAGAAGGAGCUGCGCGAGAAGCAGGCCUCACUGCGAGCACAGACCGAGCAGUGGACGCACUUGCAGGCGCUGCUGAGGGCCAAAAUGGCCGCGACCACGGCCUCAACUCACUGGCAACAGGGAGCACUGCCGCCGGGAAGCGCAGCGACACACGGAGACACCAAUUCGAGGGACUGGCUGGUCCUGUGA